AUCCCGGGUACCAAACCCCUUCGUCUUUGUUCCUCGUUUCUCUCCGCAUUAAACCCUAAAACCCCCUCCCCGCUCCCAAAACCCUAGCCACCACCUCGCUCGGCGUCCACCACCAUCUCCUCCCGGCGCGGCGGCGGCCUCGGCGGCGGCGGCGGUGGCGGCGGCGCUCCUUUAUCCCGGCUACUUCCUCUUCGAUCCGUUUCAACGCGAGGAAAUGGGCUAGAGAGGAAGAGGAAGCUCGAUGGAAGGAGAGAGAUAAGACGUAGGAGGUCGCAUCGAUCGGGACGAGCCCUAAUUUGAUCUCUGAAGCUUCGAAAUUAAGGUUUUGGCUUAGUGUUCCUUUUGAGCAUCAUGCAGGUUGGAAAUGUCAGUUGUAUUGGGCAAAGAUUUGCUCCUGCUAGAUGCAGUAGUUCGCAAGAAAAGAAGCCUCGCCGUCGGCGGACGAAAGAGGAGAGACGAGCAAUGGUCGAGUCUUUUAUAACCAAGUACCGCGGCUUAAACAAUGGGAAUUUUCCUUCACUUAACCUCACGCAUAAGGAAGUUGGUGGGUCCUUUUACACAAUUCGCGAGAUCGUGAGAGAUAUUAUUCAGGAAAAUAAAGUGCUGGGCCCUGGCAGUUUGAGUUUAAAAACACUGAAUCUGGAAGAUUGCGAAGAUCCUCCAGUUUCAUUAUCUGAAUUUUCCAGUGUGGGGGAAAUAUAUCAUAACAACGUGGAAGUCUCACCAGUGGCCGGCCAGCAUCAAAAUGAAGACAGCUAUGAACUAGUAGAUUUCAAUAGCCAGAAAAAAAUUGCAUUGUAUCCAAAUGUUUUAACCCUUGCGCAAGUUUCUUUUGGUAAAUCAUCCGAUCAAUUACAGAUGGGCAUUACUAAGCAUGCAGACCAAUACGGUAGUUUAGCGGAUGCAGUGUGUAAGGACACAAACCUUGGAAAACCAACUGUGUGGACCGAUGACAAUUUGGGAGCGCUUGAAUUAAAUAAUUUUGAAACUCAGGGUUGUUUGCAGAACGACAAAACAGACAAGGCCGAGCAGAAACUUCCUUCGGUUUAUUCCACAUGUGAUGCCCACCAAAAAAGAGCAACGGUUCUGAAUGAUGAUGACCUUGGAAAUGGAAUUCACAUGAUGGUGGAAGGAGCAAAGCUCUCUGCAAAAAGCAGUGAUGUAUCUCAGACUAAUAGAAGAGACGAUGACAUGAUUGCUGUAGCGAAUGCAUCCGAUCCGUUGAUCAACGAUUCGUCCUCUCAGUUUUCUUUUCCUGCCUCUUCUACUGAGACUAGUAGCCCAGACUUACGUCUCAGGGAAACUGAAAGUUUUUGCAGCUCAAAGAAAGUAUUUGAAAUGCAAGAAUCAGCAGAGAAGGUUGAAGUACCCUCCAUGUCUGCCAAUGGGGAUGCCAUCAUAAAUAGAUUCGAGUCUAGCGGCAUUCGUUCUUCCAGUUUAGCCGAUGAGGAAGCAAAAGAACAAACAGCUUCGUUGUCACAACAAUUUGUACCUCCAUCUGGAGCAACGAUGACUAAGGCAGCUGAGUGUAAGUUGGCCAAAUCAAGUUCGUCUACUUUAAAGGACGCACAUGUGACAGAAGGCAAAGCCGGGCAUGAAGAUAUUUCCAGCAGUACAUCUGAGAUUAGCAGGAGUAAAAUAGCCGACAAAGAACGGAGCGAAGCGAACCCUUUUUGGGCUGCAAUGAAGGCAGUGGUCGACGCUUUCGUCAAAUUUUGGACGGAGUGAGCAAAUCUUCUCGAGAAACAAUCACGCGGCUGACGGUGAAGCUCUCGCCGAACUAUGUCCAACCGACAACCUAUCGAGAAUGUGAUUAAAAACUUUAAGCUGUGUAUUUUAAUCUCUGUUAUUCGCAGUUUAAUGCCGCGUCUAUUUCUUCGUAUGUUUACUUCCUGUUGUAAUUAAUCGGUGUUUCGGACUGUUUUUGUUACUGUGCUUCAUCUUUGGACUGUGUUUGAGAAUGAAAUGUAUUGUGUUCAUGAAAGGAUAUGUUGAUUUUUCACCA